AUGGACCAGCAGCUCGGCAGCGACAUGCUGCUCGACUCCGACUACGAUGAGAAGCGCCUUACACCCAACGAUGACAACGACAACGUCGCCAUCAUAUCGCCCGACGACGCCGACAGCAUGGUCGACGACCCCGACCCCAGCGCCGAACCCGCACAACCGCCCGCCGAUGACCACGAGGCGAUGAUGGCCCGCUUCAUGCCGGCGUCACCAGAUUACGAGACAGAAGCAGAGACAAUUCACACAUGGGACAUCACAAACUGGCGGACCCUUCCUAAGCGGACACAUGGUCCCGUGUUCCACUGUGGCAACCACCCGUGGCGCAUCCUUUUCUUUCCAGCAGGCAACUCUGCGUCGGAAAGCGUUUCCUUCUACCUUGAGCAAGGAUUCGGCGACGAGAAGCCACCCGAAGACUGGUAUGCAUGUGCUCAGUUCAUGCUGGUACUGCACAACCCCAAAGAUCCAUCAAUCUACCUCCACCAUGUAGCGAACCAUCGGUUUACUGCGGAGGAAGGCGAUUGGGGCUUCACCAGAUUUGCCGACAAGAACAGGAUCUUUGCGGCCAAGUUCGACGACAAGGAUCGUCCGCUAAUAGAGGAUGACGGAGCGCGGAUGACGGCCUACGUGCGCGUGCUGAAGGAUCCAACAGGUGUUCUGUGGCACAACUUCGUUAACUACGACAGCAAGAAAGAGACCGGCAUGGUUGGACUGAGAAAUCAGGGAGCUACCUGCUACCUCAACUCGCUUCUGCAGUCGCUAUACCUCACUGGUGCCUUCCGCAAAGCAGUAUACCAGAUACCGACAGAGACGCCAGAAGAUAAAGAGGCGUCACAAUCUGCUUACGCACUGCAAAGAUUGUUCUACCGUUUGCAGGCCGACGCCACCGCCGUCGGUACACAGGAGCUCACACACUCGUUCGGUUGGGAAAGCAGGCAAAUCUUUGAGCAGCAAGAUGUCCAGGAACUGUCCCGGAUCUUGAUGGAGAAGCUGGAGACACGGAUGAAAGGAACCGAAGCAGAGAACGCUCUCAACAACAUGUUCGUUGGCAAGAUGAAGACCUAUCUCAAGUGCGUUAACGUCGACUACGAAUCAAGCAGAAUCGAAGAGUUCUGGGACUUGCAAUUAAACGUGUCCGGAUGCAAGAGCCUAGACGACAGCUUCAAGGACUACAUCCAGAAGGAACUGCUGGAAGGCGACAAUAAGUACGCCGCCGAAGGCUAUGGACUCCAAGAUGCCGAGAAGGGAGUCAUCUUCGAGAGCUUUCCAAACGUCCUGCAUCUACAGCUCAAGCGUUUCGAGUACGACUUCCAGCGGGAUGCCAUGAUGAAAGUCAACGACAGAUAUGAGUUCCCCGAGGUUUUCGACGCAACGCCAUACCUUGACGAGACUGCAGAUAAGUCAGAACCUUACGUCUACCAUUUACAUGGUGUCCUGGUGCACUCAGGCGACCUGAACGCUGGCCACUACUACGCGUUUCUGAAGCCGGACAAGAACGGCGAGUUCUAUCGCUUCGACGACGACCGUGUCACUCGAGCAACGAAGCGAGAGGCAAUCGACGAGAACUUUGGUGGUGACUAUGGUGCUAACGGAACCUACGGACAAAAAGGCCAGAACCCGUACACCCGGCAAUGGUCCACCAAACGCUCGAACAAUGCCUACAUGUUAGUGUAUGUCCGCGAGAGCCGACUCGACCAAAUACUCCUUCCCGACGCUGAAGUCAAGCCACCUGAGCAUCUACCCGCCAAGAUUGCAGAGGAACGUGAACAGAACGAGAGACGUCGCAAGGAGAAAGAAGAAGCGCACCUCUACAUGAACGUCCAUGUAGCAACCGAAACGAAUUUCAAGGCAUAUCAAGGAGUCGAUCUCAUUCCCUGGGCCAGCGAACAGGCCGAUGAUCCAGCAGCACCCAAGGUGCACAGAUUAUUGCGGGACAUGACUAUCAAAGACUUCACGACUUUCCUCGCGGAGCAACAAGGGCUCGAAAAGAAUCUUGUACGGCCAUGGAUCAUGGUCAAUAGACAGAACGGUACUGUGCGUCCCGAUCAUCCGCUCUCCUGGCCGGAUAUGACCUUGCAGGAAGCGGCGGAUAAGUUCAGCACCAGGCAAAGUGGCUUCCGCGUGUUCGUUGAACAAACCACUCGGGACGAAAAGGGCUUGCCUGCGUGGCCGGAUGACGAAGAACAUGUUCAGCCAUCAUCACCCGUCCACCUAACCAAUGGAAACGGCGCCAAACAACAAAAGCCAAUCAUUUUGUUCUUGAAGUACUUUGACGUUGAUCAGCAGCUUCUUACAGGCGUCGGCCACGUCUAUAUGAGCCCUCUCGACAAAGCACAAGACUUGGCGACGCCGAUUUUGGAGAUCAUGAAGUGGGAAGCUGGAUCAAUCCAUCUCGAGCUGUUCGAGGAAAUCAAGCAGAACUACAUCGAGCCUAUGAAGCCACGCAAUACGUUGAUUGCUUCGGAGAUACAAGAUGGAGACAUCAUCUGCUUCCAGCGCCACCUUGAAGAGGCCGAAGCGGAAGCUAUCAAAGCGAAGAGCCCUGGCGCCAGUUUAUCUGCGCCAGCUUACUACGACUUCAUGAUGAACCGCCUCUUUGUCGAAUUCACGCCAAAGACACUGCCAGUGCAGAAUCUACAAGUCAAGAACGAAGGUGAUGAGAGGUUCAAACUCGCACUAUCGAAGAAAGACACCUACGACGCUAUUGCCCACAAGGUCGCCGAAUAUCUGUCAAAAGUCAACGCAACGCCUGUCGACCCCACACAUCUGCGCUUUACCACCACCAAUAUCCAGUCGGGCAAGCCCCGAGCGGUGGUGAAGCGAGUGCAAGGGGCCACAGUUAGUACGAUUCUCCUGGGAACCAGCGGGUAUGGCGGUUACUCCUACGCACCAUCUCAGGCACCUGACCAUCUCUUCUACGAAGUACUGGAGAUGAGUUUGACGGAUCUGGAGCAGCGCAAGAACAUUCGUAUCACCUGGCUGUCGGAAGGCAUCACUAAGGAAGAGCAAGUCGACCUGCUAGUACACAAGCAGUCGCAGUUCGAUGCCGUGCUCGAUGCACUUCACAAGAAGCUUCAGCUGCCAGACGAAAUUAUCGAUCACAUCCGUUUCUACGAAGUGCACAGCAACAAGGUGUACAAGGUUAUUCCUCGGACUCACGGUGUGCUUGCGCUCAAUGAAUUCAUGUCGGUGUAUGCCGAGCGGAUACCCGAAGAGGAGAAAGAGCUCGAUCAAGAAAAGGGCGACCGUCUACUCUACUGCUUCCACUUCGAGAAGGAGCCAUCGAAAUCGCAUGGAGUGCCUUUCAUAUUCCUGCUGAAGGAUGGUGAAGUCUUCAAGGAGACCAAGGAGCGCAUCUCGAAACGCACUGGUAUCAAGGGCAAGAAUCUGGAGAAGGUGCGCUUUGCCGUCAUCAAGGGAGGCCAGAACUAUAGCCGGCCUCAGUGGGUGGAAGAUGAAGACAUCCUAUCAGAGAAGCUCAGCCCAGAUGAUCACCUCGGCCUGGAGCAUCCCAACAGGAACCGCAACAACUGGGCGAGAUACGAGAGCUUGAACAUCAGAUAG